CUGGAUAAAGCACACGCACGCUCCAAUUAGGUGCCAAAUUCUGGGUUGUUUCCAAGCAACCUACAUUAAGCUCCGACUGCUGUGAGGGAAAAACGGGGCUUCAAAGCUUUGAAGGAUGUUUUCGCUGUUUCAAUCGGCUGACCCAGAAGUGACCUCGGAUCUCCCUCUGGAGGAAGAAAAAUGUAAAAAGGCGGCAAAUCAUAAGCCGGGCCGGCUGCAGUUCCCCACUGGCUAGUUUACGGCCGCCGCUCUGCACUGCGCUCAUGGACUACUGAAAGCGUAUCGCCCAAUCUCCGGUUCCCUCACAGCAUGAGACAGAACCUGGGUCGAUCCACUCGCUCCAUCUAUCUGACUCUGGCGUGUCUGUCCCUCGCUCUCCACCUCCUUCUGGCGUUUUUUUGUCUCUCUAUCCUCCAGACAGCCUGUGUCCUUCCCACCUCUUCUUCCUCCUCCUCCAUUCCAAGAACAGACACUCAGCACCGUCAGUCCAUCUCCCACUCCUCCUCUUCUUCAGCUGCCUCCUCCUCCUCACAUAAGCUGCCAACGAUCCCCCAGAAUGAAGAGCAUCACAAGCUGCAUGCCAACCAUGAAGAGAGAGACUCAUUCAGUGAUGCCACUGAGAGGGAAAAGACACUGAUAGGAGGUGGAAAAGUGAUUCAAAAGGUUAAGGGUCAUUCUAAGCUGGAGGAGCUGUUUAAGCACCCGCUGUACAACCUGCCACGGCCGGAGCUGCAAGACGAUGAUUGGCUGCUGAGGGUGAAGGCAAAUGAACAGGCAAGGGAUAGCGAAAGUGAGGAAGAAGAGAGGGAAGACACCAUUGAUGAUGACAGUCAAUGGCCGAGUGCCAGUGAGGAGGAGGAAGGCUUCGACAAAGUCAGUUGGACGAGCGACACGGAGACCCACCCUCCCUGGCUACGAUUCCACCUGGGCAUCUCUCGCUGGGAGCUGUACAACAGGAAGGAUCCCAAUCUGGCCCAGCUGACUCACUAUUUGGCAACGCAGCGUGUCCUCGGUGCUGCUCAGAAGACAGGAGGUACCCAGCUCAAACUGCUCCUGUCGUUCCCAAACUACGGACAAGCUCUGCUGAAACCCAUGAAACAAUCCAGAGACGCAGAGACGGAUGUAAACCUCUUCUACUUCUCCGACUUUGAAAGACACAAUGCAGAGAUUGCAGCCUUUCACCUUGACAGAUUGUUGGGCUUUAACAGGAUCCCUCCAGUGGUCGGUCGACUCAUCAAUGUCACCUCAGAGAUCAGAGAGAUUACCACUGACCACAGGCUGUCUCGGACCUUCUUCACUUCCCCUGCGGGGAACGUGUGUUUCUAUGGCCAGUGUGAGUACUACUGCUCAUCAGAGCACCCGGUGUGCGGUCAGCCACAUGCGCUGGAGGUCUCCCUGGCCGCCAUGCUGCCUGACCUCACCCUAGCUCCCCGCAGGUCCUGGAGGUCACCAUGGAGACGAUCCUAUAGCCGCACCAAGCUGGCAAAGUGGGAGAAGGAGCUGGCCUACUGCGACACAGUGAAACAGAUGCCUCCUUACGACCACGGCACCAGACUGGUGGACCUCAUAGACAUGGCUGUACUGGACUUCCUCAUGGGCAACAUGGACAGACAUCACUACGAGACGUUUGAGAAGUUUGGCAACAAGACUUUUCUGCUGCAUCUGGAUAAUGGACGGGCGUUCGGGCGUCACUCUCGGGAUGAGCCAUCUAUUCUAGCUCCUUUACAACAAUGUUGCAGGAUCCGUCGCUCCACCCUCCUCCGCUUGCGUCUUUUGUCCCUCCCCGGAUUCCGUCUGAGUGAUGUCAUGCGGGAGUCGCUGGUCCAGGAUCCUCUGGCAGGCGUGGCCCCCCUCCUCUCUGAACCACACCUUUCUGCUCUGGACCGGCGCCUUGCAGCCGUCCUACAGGUGGUGCAGGCCUGUCAGGAACACCACGCAGAUGUCAUUUACGACGACCUGGAAGGAUACGAUCAAGAGUACGAUCAACAGCCUGACUGAGGAAAAAAAACAAUAAGUGAUAGGCCUAGGCAUAUUAUUGUGUCCCUAGUCUGCGUAUGAAUGCUUGAUAUCAUUAAAGAUGCUAAAUGCA